UUUAUUUCAUUUUGGUCUGGUCAGAGUUGGGUUUGUUUUUAUAUUCAGAACACUGUUUUGCCUGUCCAUCUCAGUUUUAUUGUAAAGUUUAGUAUAGUAAGUCUAUAAAAAAGUACUUUCAAAAAUCCAAAGUAAAAAAAUUUUGUAUAAGCGGAAAUCGAAUUCCGCCACAACCAAAAGCCCAGACAGGCAGUAAAAACUAGCAGAUUGCAAGCCAUAGGAUAAGCUUAAGUCUUCGAAAUGGGACCCAAGAAGAAGUCGGUAGCUGUUGCUGUUGCCGAACCUCCACCGGAGCCGCCAAAAGAGAAGAAAGCCCCUCCGGAGAAGGAACCCCUUCCCAUUUUCGUAUUCGACGUCAUUGUCACGAAUGUGCAGGCCAACAAAACGGAGUUCACCAAUCCGGCCAAGCUGGAAAUCACUGCCAACUUUUUUAAGACUUCAUUUCCACUGACGCCCAGUCAGAUCAAUGUCACUGACUUCAAGGCUGGCGCUGGUCUCACCUUCCAAAAGGAGCCGAAGGAGGUCCGCAAGAAUGUGAACGACUGCGGCAUAGCCUUCACCGUGACGUACAGCAAAAAGGUGAUUGGCUCUGGCCAGGCCUCCUUUCCGCCCAGCGUGGUCGAGACAAUCGAGAAGGACAUGGCCGAUAUCCUCCACUCGGACGUCAUCAGCCUGGCAUCCGCCGGAGAGGUGACCGGCAAGUUGGAGUUCCUCUGCCGACUGGUCAUCAUGUGCAUCGCUGACGAACCUGAAACCGUAUGUAGUCGCAAUAUGGACAGGAGUAUCAAUCCACAGGACAUCAUGUUCGUGAUGGGCGAGUCGCAGGUGUGUCCCAGUGCCUGCGAGCCAUGUCGCAAUGAUUUGGAGGAGGAGGAGGGGGAUGAGCGCCUCAAACUGGACCUGGAUCGAUAUCGCAGCCAGGGAGGCGGCAUUAAGCCCUUCAAUAUGAUGACGGACAACGGAUCCGGCAUCCCAGCCUGCUGUGAACUAAAGAAAAUGGCCAUUGAGUACGAGCAGAUGAUCGAUACGAUAACCAGGCGGACGGGUAUGCCUCUGCCCAAGCCUCCUUGUCGUGAUCCUGACGAGGUGAACAACUUUGGGAUGAAUCCCUGCUGGUGUCAGCCAGAACCGCCCGCGUUUAUGGAGCUGCCAGCGAAGCCGGACAAGCCGUGCUUCGCCUACCUGCCCGCCGUCGAAGAUCAGGAGCCGGAUUUUUGCGACAAGAACCUCAAUCCGGUGCCCAUAGCCGACUGCGACGGCCAGCCGCCGGACAUCAAGCCCAUCCGCUUCUGUCCGGUCUGCCUGACCAACAUGUCGUGGCUGCCGAAGUUCGCGGCGUGCCCCAAGUGUGGCAUCAAGCCGAUGCCCGUGGUGGAGGAGCGGCACAGGGAGAAGAAGCUGUCGGCGGACCAGAUCCUGCUCGAGUACCUGGGCAAGGGGCCAGCCACCUUGGACGACUACUGCGUGGAUCCCUGCGACAAGGCCAACAGGGAGAAGAACACGGCCGCCGAGGACGAGGAGUGUCCGCCCUGCCGCUGCACCUGCAAGUUCGGCAAGAUGUGUGCCCACUGUCGCAUCCGCAAGCUGUGCGCCGACAUCUUCAAGAGCGACCAGCCGGGACCCAAGUGCCCCAAGGUGGAGCCCAAGGAAUCCGAGGACUACUGCGUGGUGAACAAGAGCUCCGACGACUGUCGCCCCUACCUGGCCAAGGUCUUCUCGGAGCUGCGCGAUCUCUACGACAUCAAGGACACCAAGAAGAUGUCCGAGCUGGACGAGAACUGUGAUCGGGCGGUGCCCAAGGCGGACAGGCCCGCUAAGGCGGAGCCCAAGAAGGGCGAGAGCCGGGCGCCACGUAAGGCGCCCUAUGUACCGCCCAACAACAAGGGCCAGUUCUCCAGCAGACACAGGCAGUGUGUCCUGCAGUCGGGAUUCGUCUCACGUCGACAUGGCUGGGCCUGGAGCAAAAGCUGGGAGGCCAAGAAGCUGGGCUGGCGACCGGGGGCCAUUCGCAAGCCGAUCAAGCGCCUGAUGAAGUUCUUUCUGGACCGACCUGCCCAGGAGACGGCCUUCGCCAAGUGCAAGGACACGGAAACGUUGGGGCGGGAAAAGGAGUUGGCCUCGCCGGUGCUCAAUAUCAGCAAGAAGAAUGGCGAGAUCUUCAUCACCCUGCGGCCGCUUACGCCCUUGGGAGUGCGCCAGAGACCCAUCACCUUCCGGAUUGUGAAGAGCGAACUGGCGGUGGCCCUGCGCGAGAUCAAGCGGAAGCUUAAGGACAAGGGCUUCCACAAGUGCACCUGCCACCAGACCCUGAUGAUGUGCAGCUGCCGGCAUCCCGUCGAAAAGGUCCACCUGCAGAGGGCUCUGGACAGGGAGUGCCGGCGUCACUGCAUCCCUCCGGCUGGCGACCACCUGGUGCUCACGGACACCAGCGAAAGCGACAUGGAGUUCGACUUCGAUGUCACCCCGCCGGCGGGAACGGAGCAGCCUUGCCAGCCACCGCCGCCGGAAACCGUGAACCAUGGCACCCAGACCUCCAAGAAGGACCAGUUGCCCCUGCCGCCGGAGUAUCCCAUCCGGGUGCCACCUUACUACAGAGGCUUCGACUGCGCCGUGGGUGAUCGCUACAUGGGCACGGCCUUCGGACUGCCCGGUGAGGGGGUCUUCGAGGAUGGGGUCUUCGGACUGAUGGGCGGUGGCCCUCACGGACCCAAUCCGUUGCCCUGCGGCAGACCCCGCGUGCCUGGAGCUUGGGGGGGUGGAGGCGGCGGUGGAGGUGCCGGUGGAGGUGGCGGCAUCUUCGGCGGCGGAAAAGGACGAAGAAUGGGAGGUCCUGGAGGACCUGGAGGUCCAGGAGGACCGGGAGGAGGCUUUGGAGGCAUGGGCGGCGGAAUCUGGAAAGGAUUCCCCGCCGCCGGCGUUGGUAAGCCAAAAGGUGUCAAAGCCGAACCGAUACCAGUGCGCUUCCCCAAGCGGUUCCUCAAGCCCGCCGAGGAUGCAGCCAAGGCGGCCAGACAGGCGGAGAAGGACGCGCUGGAGACCAAGAAGAAGGGCAUCAACAUGAUCAAGUACCUGCAGAAGAAGGGCACACUGGUCCGCCCAUGGAAUCCGCAAGAGGGUAAGGACAAGAGGCCAAGGCCCAAGCCGGCCAAAGUGGCCGGAGAAGAUGGCUUGAAUGAUUUCCAAAGGAAGCGUAAGUUCCUGCUGGACGGACCUCCUCCAAUAUUAUCCCAGAUUCCGAGGCGGGGCAAGGGAUACGAUCCCUGCGAUCCUUAUCGCCUGGAUAUUGUCUGCUAAAAAGGCCGGGAUUUUCGCCGCAUUCAUCUAUACUGCUUUCUUUCUAAUGUCGCGAAAUAUUCAAAUGGCUCUUUCAAAUAAUAUGUCUCGCAUAUUUUAUUAUAUAACUAUGCAUUUUA